AUGGUGUUUUCGAAGAGAAAGAUGAAGCAGUUCCUAGCGUUCGGAGUGACGAUCGUGCUCGUGAUUUGUUUGUACAAAUCAUGGGGCAGUCCAACAAACGGGAUGUCACACUACGCGUAUGAUGACGGUGAUAACGCGAUUGUCGGAGCGGUAGAUAACACGGCCGACGAGCAGGAGAAUCGGCGGGCCGGUCCAUCACCGGAACGGCUUGUACUGUCGGUGGCCGAUCGCAACGGUCACAGGCAACAUAACAGCAUCGAUGGGCCAAACGAUGAUGAUGCGGACGUUGGUGGUCCAUUGGGCCAUGACAAUGUUGAACGGGUGUUGAUGCAAAACAAGCUACGGUCAUUCCGGAAGGGAUCAUCCGUUGGCGUGAUGCCCAAACGGCACGACGAUGUUGCGCUAGACGAUCCCGAGCGAGAAUCGCGAUUAAACGAGCUGCACGAGGCUAAACGACAGAUACUGGAGCUGGAACGGAAGAUACAGGAACUGGAAGGUCGGAUACCGCGCAAAUAUCCGGACGUAACGUUUUUGAACUACAAAAAUCGUAAACGGAUACUGAUAACGGGUGGAGCCGGUUUCGUUGGAUCGCACCUGGUCGAUUAUCUCAUGAUGCAAGGCCACGAGGUGAUCGUGGCGGAUAACUUCUUCACGGGCCGGAAACGCAACGUGGAACACUGGUUGGGGCAUGAAAAUUUUGAACUCAUCCAUCACGACAUCGUUAAUCCGCUGUUCAUCGAGGUGGACGAAAUCUAUCAUCUGGCCAGCCCGGCCAGUCCGCCGCACUACAUGUACAACCCGGUCAAGACGAUCAAAACGAACACGCUCGGUACGAUCAAUGUGCUCGGUUUGGCAAAACGCGUGGGCGCCAAGGUACUGAUCGCCAGCACGUCCGAGGUGUACGGUGAUCCCGAUGUGCAUCCGCAGCCCGAAACCUACUGGGGCCAUGUGAAUCCGAUCGGACCGCGUGCCUGCUACGACGAGGGCAAACGCGUAUCGGAAACGCUGAGCUACGCGUACGCCAAGCAGGAGAAAGUGAAUGUACGCGUGGCGCGAAUCUUUAACACGUACGGACCACGAAUGCACAUGAACGAUGGGCGCGUCGUGUCUAAUUUUAUCAUACAAGCGCUACAGAACCAGUCCAUAACGAUUUAUGGGAGCGGUCGACAAACACGAUCGUUCCAAUAUGUGUCGGAUCUGGUUGACGGUUUGGUAGCGCUGAUGGCAUCCAACUAUACGCAACCUGUCAACCUUGGCAAUCCGGUCGAACGGACGAUACAAGAUUUUGCCGAAAUUAUACGCGACCUGGUGGGCUGCAAGAGCAAAAUCAUCGAACUGCCCGCCGUCGAAGACGAUCCUCAGCGACGGAAACCAGAUAUUUCGAGGGCAAAGAAACACAUCAACUGGGAACCUAGGGUCCCGUUACAAGAAGGACUCAUGAAAACGAUAGACUAUUUCCGCAAGGAGUUAGCCCGCUCAAAUCACUCACAGCGAAACAUCUUUGUUCCCGAAACGACGGAGUUCCGCAACUUGCUAUGA